UAAAUCGCAACUUCGUUCAUCUUCAGCGGAACACUGGCGGCCACCGAUUAUAUCGGUGCUGUUUCAGACAGAAGUCAUUAAGAAAUAUGUCUGUUUUUUCCGAUAACGUUGUGCUAUUGACGGGGUUGAAUUUUGAUUCGGUGCUUAGCGAUGUUUUCGACAAAGGUUGAUGAGAACCAUCUAAGCCAUCGGUUCAUCCUGACCGCCUCUGAAAAGAAAGAGUACCGCGGAAAAAAUCCCAUUGGCAAAAAGCCACUCCUACCCCCGGCACAGGAUACGCAAAAAAACCUCCUCGUGCUCGAUUUAGACGAAACACUUAUUCAUGGAACAUAUGCUGUCCCGCCUGUGUAUGAUUUCAGCUUCAAGCUGCAACUGCCCGUGAGCAAGAAGACGGCCGACGUCUACAUACAAAUUCGGCCUUACCUUGAUGAGUUUCUCAGGAUCACUAGCCAGUGGUUCGAGCUAGCGGUAUAUACGGCAUCGUUGCCGAUGUAUGCAGACAAAAUUCUAGAUAGAAUCGAUCCGAAGGAAUUAAUCAAGCAUCGGCUGUACCGACAGCAUUGUGCGAUCUUUAAGGACUUCUAUGUUAAAGACCUCGAAUUUCUGGGCCGGCCAUUGAAUCGUAUCCUGAUUGUGGACAAUCACCCUGCUAGCUAUAUGGCGCAACGCGAUAAUGGGGUGCCAAUAUACUCAUAUUUUGGGCAGCCCGACGAUACGGGUCUCAAGCAUCUGCUGACGUUUCUCGAGACGGUACGAAACGAAGACAAUGUUAUACCAAAGGCAAGGAAAUACGCGGCCCGCUGGCGAGAAAGGCUUCAAGAUUUUAUCGAGACAACGCGAGAUGUAGAGGAAACUAGCAGGGUGAUAUUGUAGUUUAGAUUUGAAUUGUAUUUGCUUAUAUCGGCUUCUGAGCUCCAUAUCGAGGUGGAGAGAACCAGAUUUUUCCAUAUUCGGCAAAAUUAGCCAAAACCCCCCGCCAAUUUUCAUUCGAUCAGCUCUGUUACCAUCAUAAUGGCACCCCAUCAAAAUAGCGUAACAGCACUACUUCAUAAUACAAAAUUGAACGGGAAGAGGACACAAUUCUGAAAAAUUAUCUAUCGUCUCCAUAUAUUAAGCUAUUUAGUUACAAUUAAGAGUUCCUUGAUGAUUUACGAGUCGAAGAAAAUGAAAAAGACAUCCAAAUUGCGUCCCUUAACAGGAAUAAAUGCAGAGGAAGCUUUUAGCGUUCCGUGCAAGCUUCGAUCGACAUUUUUGCCAUUAUCGUCGCGUAAAAGGCAUACUCUCGCUACUACCAUAAAAAAAAAUUACAACUCAAGCGAGUAACAUAUGUUUCUAAAUAUAUAUAUAUUUUUUUUCAUUUAACCCAGCAGUGCGUAAAAAGUUUCGAAUUAACAAAAAUGGUUUUCCUCUGCCAAUAGUUGUGUGGCAAUUUGGGUUGCGAAAAAAAUGGGUUAGGUUCCCUAAUAAUUGGCGUGCGCAACUAGCGCAAACGUGAA